AUGAUCGAAGACGACAUCUACCGCACAUCCUCCCAGUUCCGCUUAUGGUCCUACACCGAAACCUCUUUACAGUCUCUACGCGCCAAUACCAAUGCAGCUGCCAGCGAGCGCGUACGAACGGCCUUACGCCGGGCCCGUGAGGCGCAACAAUCGACCGCAUCCUCUGCUGUGGGAACGCCGAUGACGAGCCAGCCGGGGAGCGAAAGUGAAGGCAGGGGAAAUGAGGAAAAGGAGAUUGACUGUUUAACACCAGAUGAAGAGCUGGUGUUUGUGCGGUAUUACUGUGAGCAGCUGCUGGAGCUCGGGGAGACCUACAAACCGCCACUGCCGACACUGGUCCGGGCCACCGCAAUCCAGUACCUCCGCCGCUUCUAUUUGUCCAACUCGCCCAUGACCUACAACCCCAAACAAAUCAUGGCGUGCGCGCUCUUCGUGGCGACCAAGACCGAGAACUAUUACAUGUCCCUACGGCAAUUCGCCGAUGGCAUCCCAGGAAACACGACCACGGAGGAUGUCCUUGCCCCCGAAUUCCUGCUCAUGCAGGGACUGCGCUUCACAUUUGACGUUCGACACCCAUUCCGCGGCCUCGAAGGAGGCGCCAUGGAGCUCACGGCCAUCGCUCAAGGCAGUGGCCAGCCAGCACCUCACAUGGUGCACCAAACACCAGAAGACCUUCGUCAGGGCCUGAUGUCCAUCGCUCCUCCUCCCGUUCCCUCAUCCUCGAUUACAGACCGCAUCGGACGCGCGCACGGCACCACGCGCGAGAUGCUCAAGUCCGCCGCGCAGAUGACAGACGCGUACUUCCUCUAUACACCCUCCCAAAUCUGGCUAUCAGCGUUUCUCCUCGCAGACCGCCCCCUCGCCGAAUUCUACCUCGACACCAAACUCGGCGGACCGCUCACAAACACCACCGCCUCCACAGAGAACCCCAACAACCUCCAAAACCCUCUCUACGAUCUCCGCACAAAAGUCCUCGCCAUCUUAAACGACUGCGCUGCCCUCCUCGAAUCUUACACGCCUCUCUCAUCUGACCCAGCACAGAUGAAAAAUCUCAAGCGCAUCGCAAAGAAGCUUUAUCACUGCCAGAACCCAGAAAAGGUCAAUUUAGCCGCGAUCCAAAAGCGCGGAUCUCAGCCUCCUCCAUCCCGGGCCGCGUCUAGUGCUGCUGCUGACUCUGGGGCCGUAACCUCUGAGAGCGAAUCGGAUCGUCUAGCGAAGAAGCGGAAGCUGGAGCGAGAGCAGAAGAAUCACAUGGCCGAUCCGUUUGGACCGCCACUGGUGACAGAGCGGACUAAGGGGCACUGA